UAUGUGCAUGCCAUUCGCGGGCAUUUACUAUUUAAAACUCGAAAUGAUGUUCUCUUGUCCGAUAAUUACAUUCUUGCUUUUCAAAGAGUUGCCAAUUUUCGCUUCAAACUUGUGGAUGAUUUAAUUACUUCAAGUUCUGAGAGUAUAUUGGCUUAUAUUACAAGCGUUUCUUCGGAAAUUGGUAAUGAUAAUGCCAUGAUUGCAAAUGUGGAA